CUUUGAACCUCUUAUGCCAUGAUUUCAUGGUUUGAUGUUCCGCAUCGGAUUGCAUUGAGGCGGCUGCGUGCACAUCCGAUGAGGAGUAGAAAGGUGAGGGCCAUGUAACUCUGCCGCGCCGGACACCCAGAGUGCGAAGACCAUCGUCUUUCUUACCUCCCUGUCCAGUGUUGCUUUUUGUGGCCUCCAUUCGGCUCCUCGGGCGACCAGUGUCAGCCGCGGAGCCAAAGCAGCUUGUAGAAGCUUACAGAGCAAACAGCGAGAGGAGAUCUCGGCGUGUGCUCGCAAGAGAAGACCUGCAGGCAAGACAACAGCCUCAGCAAUCGUCCCGUUGCUUCGCUGCUGCGGGCUCAACUUUUCCCUUCGCACGUCGGUCGUAUUUCAGUGCUUUGAGGGAAAGAGGGCAACCGAUGAACGGUCUCGGGAGCCCCCGAGCAGAGGUGGGUGGCAAUUGGUGGGUGGCAAUUGAUCUUCUCCCAACCAAUCACUCUUUCGCCAGAUCAUCUAAGUGUUUGCUUGUCGUUUGCUCGUUCAGGGGAGGAAGCGAGGGCGGUCGAGGAAGGGCAUCACGACGGCAAACCGCAGGUACGGUGCACGGAUUCAUGUGGCACCACUUUGAUUGGCGUAUCACUGUUGGUUCAAAUGAACGGGAUGGGGACGGCCUUCAUAUCCGGACAGCUAUCGACUGAUGCUGGGCUGACUGAUGACACAUUUGCAGCUGCUCUCCAGGUACACAAGAAAUCUUCCCUGUCGGCCUCACAUCGGGUGUGUGUGUGUGUGUGUGUGCAGCCAAUGGGGUGGCCGCAUUUUUCACCCAAGCACGCGGCUGCCUUCGGCAUGGUUGGCACUGACGCGGCGCCUUUCGGUCAUUCAUUGUGCGCCGAAGGAUCUACAGCCUCACGUCAUCGCACAGGUCCACUCCCACCCUCUCUGACCCGUCAAUCGGACUCACAGGUGAAAUGACUGCACCCAAGCAAGAAACACGCCCAUAUGUCCGUCUUUUCUGUCUGUGUAUUCACCUCCAGAUGCGCACAAAGAAUGCAGUCGAGGUGACGAUCGGCGAGCGGCUCCAGCUGGUGGACGAGUUUGAGAGCCGCAAGCGAGACGGAGAAGCCAUUUCGAUGCUUCAGUUCGCCAAGGAGAAGGGCAUCACCCCGCCGACCAGAUUCAAGCAGUGGUGCAUUGACAUCAAGAAGCAGACGGCGGCCGGCAAGCAAAUCGUCGAUCCGACCAAAAAGCGCAACAGACAGCCCAAGUACCAGCCGAUCGAGGACGCGAUGUGGCAGUGGAUGGCCAGCCGUGGUGACCCAAUGAAAGUCCCCCCGAAGGACAUCAGGGCCAAGGCGAUUGAGAUCGCCAGUCGGUUGGGCAUCACUGGCUUCUCGGCGAGCGAUUCGUGGACUAAGGCCUUCAGGAAGCGGUGCCAACAGGUCAGGAAAAGACAACAAGUGAAGUAAGAGAUUCACUCUUUAUCGAUCCAUGCCUGUUUCUCAGAUUCGUUUGCCGUCCUCUGAGGCGCCUGUGUCGGCUGCAGCUGCACGUCCCCCUUCCCCAAUGCAGCCGCCCCACCCCCAUCCCCCACCCAGGCCCCUCAUCCACCAGUCGGAAGCAGCUCCAGCUGCCGCUGCUGCUGAUGCUGCCGCUGAUGCUUACAUUCGUGUGGCGGAUGGGUUCCUCGGACCGAUCACCAACCUCAGCCGACAGGUAACACACUCGGCGUGCCGACACCACGGCCGACACACCAGAAUUGAGAAGGCUACGAAUCUUUGGUCGGCUGCAGAGCACUUGGCCGGCAGAGGAUAGCGCACCUGGUGACGGCGAUCGGCCGCUUGACACACAGUCGCAGCCAUCAGAGCCACCGAACACCAUCUGAGCGACCGAGGUGGUGGAUGCGGAAGACGGUGGGUCGCCGCAAGGUCAGGAAGACAGACGGUUUCGUGAUUCUGUUUUUUGCGUUUGUGCGCGCCCAUGUAUCAACUGGCUCUCUCUCCAUAUGCCCUCGUGUUCUACAUUUCACUUCAUCGGUGUUUUGUUUCAUCUCUCUCCGUGCACUGCUCUAUCUGUGUAUGUGUGUGUGUGAUCCAUGCCCGUGUUCCUGCCUCGGUACCUGACGUCAGUAGAUGCUCUCCUUCUCUUGCCUCCUGCCUGGAUAUAUCCGCCGUGUUUAGGACGAUAGAUGCUAAGCACUACACACACAGGCGCUCUCGGGCUCCGCCUGUCUAUGUCUCUUGGGUGUCGUCGGGUUGCGAGUGACCACGCCAACUUGCUCCCUGCCUGCCUGCCUGCCUCGUGUCUGUCUGUCUGUCUGUCUCUGUGUACACACCAGAGAUGCAAUCGUACAUACGUCACUGGGCGAUACCUCGUACGCUCCUUUGCGUGAUUGGCUGCCUUCGUCUGUCUCGUCUUCCUGUGUGUGUGUGUGUGUGUGUCUCAUAGUGCCUGGCAAUGCAGAAGUGGGCUUCUUUCUCGGGCUUUCUCCGCCCCUUCACCUGCCUGCGUAGCUGCACGCGAACAGAUCUUUGCCCUUGUCUGGCCCGCACGUGUCUCGUCUCAUGCGCGUGCUUAUACCGACUCCACAGUUUUGCCGUCAGAAACAGGGCUUUUGAGCUCUGGUGUUUUGCCUUUAGAAAAAUCACGGUGACUUAGUACACAUCGGUGCGACAUGAUGAUGCACUUGUGCUCGGCGAACUCGCCAAUGCCAUGACCUCCACUUGUGCUCCGCGAGUGCCAUGACCUUUAUCGUGCUCCUGACAUGGGUAGGCUCCAUUCUGUUGCCUCCUUCCUGCCGGAGCUGUCGCAUGUUGCCUGUGUGGGUUACGAGCAAACAUAAAUGAUCGUAGAAAUGUACAACUUAUGAGCGUAUGUCUUAUGAAUUGCUCAUGGAUGGUCGGUCAGUCCCUGGUGCGUCCAUCCCAUGAGACAAACGCGUGACAAGGUGGGAGACUGCUCUCAUUUGAGAGAGACAAAAGUGUGGUGUGGCUCACUCUCUCAAAUGAGAGCAGUCUUUUGCCAUUCUCUCUAGCCUCUCCUGCUGGUGUGUUUGCUGGCUGCCUGAUAUGCGGUGUGCGUAUCGAUGAUGGACAUUUGAAACACAUGGAGAGAUACGCAAAGUAACG